GAGGGCUGGUGGGCGAGGCUGGCGGCUGGAGCCAGCAUGGCGGCCGAGCGCAAGACCAAGUUGUCCAAGAACCUGCUGCGCAUGAAGUUUAUGCAAAGGGGACUGGACUCAGAAACCAAAAAACAACUAGAGGAAGAAGAAAAGAAGAUCAUCAGUGAAGAGCACUGGUACUUGGAUUUGCCAGAGCUUAAAGAAAAAGAGAGUGUCAUAAUAGAGGAGCAGAGCUUCUUGUUAUGUGAAGAUCUUCUGUAUGGAAGAAUGUCAUUCAGAGGAUUUAAUCCUGAAGUUGAGAAAUUGAUGCUUCAGAUGAAUGCUAAGAAYAAAACAGAAGAUGAAGAUGAAGAUGAGAUAGUAGAGCUUGAUGUGUCAGAUGAGGAAAUGGCU